AUGGACGACGCUGACAUUCAUUUCGAUCCUACUUUCACUUUGCCUUCAACACAAGACGAUAUUCAAAAUGAGGUUGAGGACGAUUUCGGCGACGAUUUUGGGGAUGAAAUUGAUCUAAGUGAAUUAGUGCAAGUUACAGAAACCGUUGAACAGGAGUACGCAGCAAAUAAUAUUAGUUUUGUCCCACAAGAAGGAAGCGAUCCCACACCACCACCUAUUUUACCUGAAAAUACAGAGUCAUUUCACCCUUUGAAUUUGGAAAACUUAAGAACAUGGAUUUACCCUACCAAUUAUCCCAUCCGUGGAUAUCAAUAUAAUAUCAUACAAAAGGCUAUGUUCAACAAUACAUUAGUAGCAUUACCAACAGGCCUCGGUAAGACCUUUAUUGCAGCAGUGGUUAUGUUCAAUUACUGGCGUUGGUUUCCCAAUUCAAAAAUCAUCUUUAUGGCACCAACACGACCUCUUGUUACACAACAGAUCGAGGCUUGUUUUACCAUUUGCGGGUUGCCACAAGAAGAGACCGUGGACAUGUCUGGUAGCACAACUCCCGAAAACCGUAGAGAACUGUGGAAAACGAAGCGUGUGUUCUUCUCUACACCACAGACGGUUGACAAUGAUUUGACUUCCAGGUCGUGCCCUGGAGAAAAAAUUAGCUGUGUGGUUGUUGACGAGGCACAUAAAGCAACAGGAAAUUAUGCGUAUGUGAAAGUGAUACGACAACUGUCCAAGAAAAAUAAACAUUUUCGUGUACUAGCAUUAACGGCGACGCCAGGCUCGAGCUUAGAUACGGUUCAAACGGUUGUUAGCAAUUUACAAAUUACCAAUAUACAAAUACGAACAGAGGAUUCCAUGGAUGUACGUGAAUACUCUCAUGGAAAAAAUUUAGAAAGUAUUAUUGUCCCAUUAGGAUAUACAGAAGGGUCAACGGGCCUUUUGCCGCGCAUUAUUGAAGAAUAUACAUCACAGGUUUUCGAACCCACAUUGCUUAGGCUCUCUAAAAUGCCCACAGGUGUUAUUCCCGAGCCAGCAAAAAAUCCGGCAUUUGGACUUCAAAUGAAAAGAGUUCGUUUCCAGGCACAAGCUACAAAUAUAAAUAAUAGCAUGAAGUAUCAAGUCGUUUCUUUAUUUCUUGUAGCAGAACAAAUGAGUCGCGCCUAUGAUUUACUGUGUCAGCAUGGUAUUGCCCCUUUUUUGGAAUCGUUAGAAGGAACACGUAGAGAUGCGGAAGCGACAAUGGCGGUCGGAAAAAGUAUAAACAAGGCACAAUCGCAGUUUUACAACCAUGCGUAUAUUACUCGCAUAAUUCCCAAGUUAAAACAAGAGAUGCAAAAAUCUGAUUUUAUUGGUCACCCCAAGAUCGAUACACUUGUAGGAAUCUUAUUAAAACAUUUCACAAAUUUGCCGUCUGGUGAAGCCUCCAAGGUCAUGAUCUUUUCAAGUUAUCGUAGCUCUGUUACCGAAAUUUGUAAUGUAUUAAGUAGGCAUGACCCUAUGAUCAGACCUUAUCAUUUCGUUGGUCAAGCGGAAGGAAAAAAUGGAUCAAAAGGGUUAAAACAAUCUGAGCAACAAGAGGUCAUACGAAAAUUUAAAAAUGACGAGUUUAACGUAAUCGUAUGUACUAGUAUUGGAGAAGAAGGUCUAGAUAUUGGUGAAGUUGAUUUAAUUGUCUGUUAUGAUUCCCAAGCAUCACCAGUUCGAAUGUUGCAACGUAUGGGUAGAACGGGUCGUAAAAGACAGGGAAAGUGUGUAUUGCUUAUGACAGAAACAGAAGAACAAAAGUUUAAACAAGCUAAAGAAACGUACGAACAAGUUCAAAGACUGAUCACUCAAGGUGUGCAUUUAUCCUAUUACAGAACAAAUCCAUCAGUUAUACCCGUCAAUUAUAAACCAACUAUAUGUCGUAAGCGUAUCGAGAUAGGACAAUACAAAGCACAGCCAAAAACCAAAUCACGAGGAAAAGUUGCACCAUCAUCUUUAAGUUUGACUCCGGAUGGGGUUUUGACAGAGAAUACGAAAAAGGCAUUUAUUCGAUCUUUCUGCAACAGAGAAGAGGAAUAUGCCACCGUGAAGCAAGUGAUACAAAAAUACUGGCCCAAGAAGAGCUUACGCAAAAAUUUGGGUAAGCAGGUGCCAUUACAAACAAAAGUGAAACCCAGUUGUGGUGUUGGUCAUUCAAGGAGGACGCUUGAUUUUGUGGAAUUAAUAGCAAAAAUGGAACAUCGUAUCCUCCACCCCGACGAAAAAAUCCAGUUCACCGCUCCCAAGCAGCAAACUCGAUUGAUGAUUCCAUCUAAAGUUAACCCGCCCUCUUCUAAAUUAUUCCUGCCACCGAAAAGAAAGCCUCUUGAUGAUAAUGAUCAAAAAACGGAACUCGCCAUGUUCUAUGAUGAACAUGGUGAUAUAACCAACGGAGAGAACGCUUUUGAAACCACGAAUUUCUUAAAUGAUAUUGACAAUGAGGAUUUUGCUGAGAGCUCCACUAAGAGAAGCGUGAAGGAUUUUUUUGCUCCAAGGAAAAAAGCUAAACUCAACUCCUCAUCAAAAACGUCCAACAAGUCUUCAUCUUUGGCAAGUAUAAGCAAUGAUGAUUUCCCUGAUUUGGAUGAUCUUCUUGAUCUAGGUUUUGACUUUUCCAAUGACAAAUCAAAAGACGUGGACAGACCAAAAGGCAUCGAGAAGCUGAAAGCCGUAAACAAGGGCAAAGGUGUUGAAAAAGGAACCCAUGUUGAGGAUGAGUUUAUUACGGUGAAAAAUAAAAAAGUGGACAAAGGCAAAGCCGCAGACAGAGGAUUGAAUCAUGUUGAAAGUAUAAGCAAUAAUAUAAAUUUAGAAAACAAUCAUGACAAUUCUGCAAACGUCGAUAUGCUGGAUACAAGUGAUCCAUUUGAGCCUUUGGAUGAUUUCAAUAUAGAAGACGAUUGGGAACCCAUGCUACCGGAAAGUGUAUUCGACGCAGUCGAACCAAUCCGUGAGCCCUCACAGAAACCGGCAUUACCAGAAUCUCCCGAAUUAAGGAAGGAGACAAUAGAAAACGAUCCACCUCAAGAUAAAUCGGUUACAAUACUCGAUAUGGACGAAUUGUACAAUAUACCAACAGAUGAAGAAGAUUUCGAUUACGGCGAUUUCCCUUUGGGUGAAUUAAUUUCAAAGAAUUUAGCUGCUUGGGAGUCAAUAAAGGCAAGUGCUUUUGAUGAGACAAUACCCCCAUUGUUUCCGUUUGAGAAGGAUCAAAGUGGUAUCAUUGAUAAAAUUACUGUCUUGUGGCCUCAAAAUGAACCAAGAUUUAGUAAGAAAGCAUCAGGACUCUUGGGUAGCAGACAAAAAAUUAUGGAGCAAAACACUGGUAGUUUCUUGACUAUGAAAAUCGUUGCAAAAUUAAAUAACAAGUCGUUUUCAUCACCUCCAUCCUUUUUAUUGGAGCCUCCGGCGCCACAAAUUAAUACCAAGGUGCCACACACAAUACCUCAGCCAUUAAAAACAAACAGCAAUCACCCAAUCCGCAAAAACUCCCCACCACCAGCCACAACUUCCCCCCAAAUAAAAGCAGUUGUUCAUUCACCAGAAAUUUUCGAGAUUCAAGACGAUGACGAUGAUUUCGAAAUGAACGAUAGCUUCCUGCAGCAUGCGGCUGAAUUAGUAGACGAGGUGCCUAAAGAAGAUGCGAUUUCUAUAGUUGAUAGCCAAUCAGAUGUGGAGGAAGGGUUUGACAGCAUUGUGUAUGAAGGAGGCGAAUUUGAAAACCUUUUUGAAAGUCAGAACGAAGUUGAUGAGCUUCCUAAUUUUUCUUUUGUCGAACAACAAUUUGUCAGUCAAAAAUACGACCAUCAAAUGAAAAAAAGUGCUGCUUUGUAUGGGCCUUCUUCUCUGGUAUCUGAAGAUAACGAGGAACGAUAUGAAGACCCUUUAGAUAGUUCACAACCGGUAACAUUACCAACAGUACAUGGUAGCCCAUUGAGAAAUGAAAGUACACUUCUACAGAAUCUAUCAAAGGGUUUACAUUCCCCCUCUCCGCUUCGAAAUACGCCAACCUUAAAUCGUCUGUCUACAUCUUUGAUUGGAGCCAGUGAAAGCGACGAGGAAGAUAUCAUUUUGCGAAGAAAAAGACGGUCAAGGUUAUCUCCCGUACUUCCAAUACAAAGGACAAAAAAACGGUUGAGGCAAAAAGGAACUCCCAAAGAAGAUGAAGAUGAUGGCGGCGUUAUUAUGUACGAAGGAAUGGCAUCAAAAGUAUCCUUUAUGGAGAGAAUUAAGCAAUGUCAAAGUCCAGUAGCCGCGAAACAUAGGCCCAAGAAAACAAACCUUGUGCAAAAUCCUUUUUUCGAUGUUGAAGCAGAAAAAAGUAGCGACGAGGGUCAUACAACAGACGAAGAAACGGAAGAUGGAGGGUCUUCUUUACUUAACUCAUUUAUCGAUGAUGAAAAUAGUAAUGUUCAAGAAGCAACAGAGAAAUCACCUGAUGUGGAUGUUUACAGGCAAAACUUGUUUGAAGAAGAAAGACCCAAAAAACAUUGGAUGAACCGAUUUAAUGCUGACAAAUGGUUAAACGCCGAAGAAGAUAGUAUAAUUGAAGGAGAUGAAGAAGACGAAGAAGACGAACAAGAGGGCAGCGGGGUAAUUGCACAAGAGAUAGCUGAAGAUGACGAUGAUGAUGACUUUGCAUGA